AUGGCCGACAAGGAGCAAAUCAAAAAGACAGCAGACAAGGUUCUGUUUUGGGUGGAGAGGUUCUCCUCCCUUGCCGCCUCCAUAGACCCCAUUUUUGGUGUGGUCUCCGGCCUGGUAGGACUGAUGCGAAAGGGCUUGGUGGCUGAAGAAGACCAUCCUCUGGAAAAGGACUUCAGGGAGAUCCAUAACAAGCUGGAGAGCAUCUCCAACAAUAACAUGAUGACCCUAAAGCAGAUCGCUAUUGAUGAGGUCAAUGAGAACUUCGGCACGUACGAGGAGUACAUCAAGCAUCAGUACGCAGCCUUUAGCGAAAUGGUGGAGCAUGUUAAGAUGCACCCAGAGGCCGCAGAUCAGGACAUGGCGAAGUUUGAGAAUAUCUAUGAAAGAGACAUGAGCGACAUGAGCUUGAACGUCUACUACCGGGGUGUGAUGGGCACUGAUGUGAUCUUCGGCAGGGCUCUGCUCAAAGUCUACCUGGAGCACUGCAACUACAACCUCAUGUUGAUGGAGCACAGAUGCUCCCACCUCGCCCAUCUCUUUCACAUUGGGCUCAUCUCCCUCAUGGCAUAUACCUCUGUCACCAAGGACAACGAGGAUGAAGUCAGGGAUAAGUGGAUUCCCAGAAUGGAAGAAAUCCAUGCCAAAAUGCAAGACGCCCUGAGACAGUGCAAGUAGGACUGCCCUUAAAGUGGCCAUGUAACUGGUGUAACUGGUGUGGAUAAUCUACAGAUACUAACCUUUAUUGAAGU